AUUUGUGUUGGACGCAAGGUCACACGCAUGCAGAGCCGUUUGAUGCUCGAUUUGUCUGUUUCGUAUCGUACUCCUCCGUUCAGACAGGAACGACGCCAGCAAGCAUGCCAACAACGUUGUGCCGGCCCUACUCUAGGGGCUGGUGCCAACAUUAUUCCAAAGCGGUCGCGCGUACCGCCCACCGGUAAUUAAUUAAUAGUACGACACUACGCGAUAUCAGCAAAUUUAGGUGCAAAACUCGAAAACUCGCCUGCUAGAAGUUACUGUUUCUAGGUCACCAUGUUCUUGUAUCGUGAUUUUAGUCUGUUAGUUAGUUAAUGACGCAGUCGUGACGACUUUGUGGUUAGACGAAAGCAUCACAAAAAUGUUUUUGCGAUUACGUGCACGUCACCGGUUGUCGGAGGCAGGAUAGUCAGUUGUUGAGAAGAGGGCUGUGGUUGUCGAGCUGCCUGUGGAACACUACACAUGGCCACGGGCGGUCGUCGCUUUCGUAGUUUCGUUGUGCUUCUCGCUGUUUGUCUCACUCUCUCAGUCUCCGUUGCGUUACCAACAACCCCAGUGACAUCUUCACAAUCAUCAUCAUCAUCCGACGACAAACUAUCUAUAAGCUGCUUGUCUGGAAAUUGUCAACAUGACACCACAACUGUUACAGUUGGAGGAAAGAUACACUUUCGCUGUCUAACAGCAGAAGGACAUGAUGUGUCUCAAAAAAUUUCCUGGUUCCACAAUGGCAGGAACAUAUUGAACAGACCUUGUGAUACUAAUAGUAUUACUUUACAAGAGCCGUGCAUCAUGUCGGGUGCACACUUUGAGACACUAGUUAUUAAUUCAUUGUCGACAUCUGAUGCUGGAAAUUUCAAGUGUUGUUAUGCUAACUGUGUUAGCUCUUCACAAGAUAUUUCAGUCACUGUGCUCCCGACAUUGAUCAUCACAAAACCAAUACUGCCAAAGAAACAACUUUCACCUGCACCUACAACAAGUACUAACACGCUGAGAUCAACGUCUGCAAUCAGCACUCCUGUACCAUUAGCUAUUCAAUCGGUAGAUCCUACGUUCUCUGCUCCAAUGAAAGGGACUGAGAUGUUUACCAGGUUUCAGAGUGUUACAGAAGGGAUCACCCCUGAACCUACGGAGACAACAAUGGUGGAUCCUGAACGUACGAUGUACUUUGGACCUACUAAAUCUGUGGUGGACAAAACUGUCAUAGGAAACAACAAAGAUAGUGGAGGAAACCUUGAUGGAAAAGUGUGGGUCAUUGCUGGUACCUUUGUCGGUGGUCUUAUAUUCGUCGUCGUCGUCAUCGUCAUCGUCUGUGUGGUAGUGUUCACUGAUAGAUGCAAGCAACCACCAGAAGGAAAUAGUAGUGAAGAACCUUUGUCUCGACUAUCUAACUCUGACAACUGUGACACUAUUACUAGCAUCGAAGGCCAUCCACAAGACGAGCUUGUUUCCAUGCAGCCCAGUUGUGAUGAGAGUCGGCAUGAUGCUCCCAUUUCGCCGAUCCAAGCGGACAGCCUGGUUCGAGUUCAUCACCUUGAAGACAUGGAGAAGCGAAUUAGAGGUGAUAUUAGUCAAACUGGAAAUCAACUUGGCAAGCAAGUAGUAGAUGUCGGCAAGCAAGUAGUAGAUGUCGGUGAUCAAGUUGCUGACCUUGGAGAUGAACUUGCUGAACGUGGCAAUCAACCGAGAAACAAUAACAAUGCACCUAUGGUGCAGACAAGUUCCAUCCCAACAGAAACAGCCUUAUAAUGUUGUAUAAAUAUUGAUUUUAUAUGCAAUGUUUUGAGGCUGGGGUUUCCUCAAUUACUAGUUUUAUAUUGUAUAUAACUCAAAUUCGACUAAUUAACGACAAGAUUGAUCUCUUGUGUACAGUGACAUUUUAGAAAACAUGCUGAUUGGAUGGCUUCUCAGUCAUCCCACAUCUCAUCCUUUCCCCUUGCACAGGACCUACAUGUAGACCCUAGCAACAUUUAGAUGUUCGGUACAGA